AUGAAGUACCUCGCAGCUUACCUCCUCCUCAACCUCGCUGGCAACGAGUCUCCCUCUGCCGAGGACAUCAAGUCCGUCCUCUCCUCCGUCGGUGUUGACGCUGAGGGUGAGCGUCUCGACAAGCUCAUCUCUGAGCUCGAGGGCAAGAACAUCCAGGAGGUACGCAUACAUACAACAAACUGCAAAAUCUUUUCGCAAGCGCAAUACUUACACCACACACAGCUGAUCUCCGAGGGUUCCGCCAAGCUCGCCUCCGUUCCCUCCGGUGGUGCCGCCGCCGCUGGUGGUGCUGCCCCUGCCGCUGGUGCCGCCGCCGAGGCUGCCCCCGCCGAGGAGAAGGCCGAGGAGAAGGAGGAGUCCGACGACGACAUGGGCUUCGGUCUCUUCGACUAA